AUGUCCACUAGCAACGAUAAUUUCACAAAAUCCGAAGCCGAUUAUUUGGAAAACGUCGUCAAGAUACUAAAAUGGACAGAAGAAUGGACUGCUCAACUUCGAGACCAAUUGGAAGCCGGCCAGCAACCAAAUAUGACAGUGACAGAAUUAUUAGCAAGCUUCUUCGGCACCGAUCGGAACGGAAAUCCCUACCCGCUCACAAAUUUUACGGCUUGUAUGACACCACCAAACACUCUAAAAUAG